CAGUAAGGCCGGCCACGCAGGCGGCAGCCUUCUGCCACGCUUGCCACAGGUGUCGCGUCCUAUGGUGCAACCUGCCCUAUUAAAUCAUCAACCACACCCGUCCGCAUGCGUCCGAAACAGCAUAGCAAAGCAAGCGGCACAAAGCAAGCUCAGCAGUCAGGAAGGGCACGCAGCACCUCAGCGAACCAACAACAAUCGAUAGAUGGCUUCCUCCGGCUACCUCAGAGCGGCCAGCGGCGCCACUCGCAGCCGCCAGGCGCUCCUCCUCCGGCAGCGCCCCGCGACACCGCGCGCGCUCGUCGCUUCCUCAGCGACGCGGCACGCGUCGACAGUCCCCAACCCGCCGCCCGGGAUGGAGCCUUUGCCAGAGGACGCGCCGCGGCAGACACCGCCGAGGCUCGGGGAGCCGGACCCCGUGGGACCCCCCACGCCGACGCCCAAGGAGAAGAUAACCGGCACGCCGCCGUCGGAGGAGGAUGACGGUGGGCUACCCGGCGGAGUGCCGGACACGACCCCGCCACCGGACGUGCCGCUGCCCCCUGUGUCGCCCGAUGGUAGCACCGUCUAGCUAGCGUGGUCCGUCUGUGCGUGCUUGCUGUGUAGCUUUUUUUUUUUGGAUCACUUGCGUAGCUUUUGCAUACGGUGUCAGUGUGUACAUACAUGUUGCAGUGGAGUACGUUCUACCUUUUUCACUACGGAGCACCGAUGUGUACUGUUGUAUUCUCUCAGGUCACGAGCAUGCAGCUGUUGGUGCGCGCAUGCUGUUAGGCUUUGCCUUCUCAUAAAUCAAUGCACGCUAACUCAAUUUUUCCUCUUA